CAAGGAUUUGCCCCGACAUGACGUCCGCUUGAUACGAAGUAGAAUUCGCCUCCGCCCCUUGACGGGACUCGUCCCCCCUCCAUCCCACAACUCCUCUGAAGUGAAGUUUUGAAGUCCCUCCGAAGUAAAAUGAUCGUGUUUGUUAGGUUCAAUUCGGGCUAUGGAUUCCCUGUGGAGAUCAGUCCAAAUGCCAGCAUUCUCCAGCUUAAGGAGGAAGUUGCUAAGAGACGAGAUGUUCCAAUUGACCAGCUGUGUGUGAUCUUUGUUGGAAAGGAGCUGAGGAAUGACUUGACACUGCAGAACUGCAAUCUGAUGGAGCAAAGCACCAUUCACGUGGUACAAUGCACGUCUCAACUAGCUCAACAACCAAUGCGUGAUACAUUUUCUGCAAAUCCUAUGGGAAGGAGUGGAAGAGAAACAGUCAACUUAAGUAAAAUCGGUUUCAGCACACCCAUGGUUCAAAGACUUUCUACAGAUCAUACUGUAAUCUUGGGGCAUUCAGGCCAAGGCAGUAAUAGCCAAUCUGAAAAUUCAGGUUCAAGCUGCUACCACCGUUUUUAUGUCUAUUGCAAGACUGUGUGCAAGGCUGUGCAGCCUGGGAAGCUAAGAGUACGAUGCAAUACUUGUAAGCAAGGAACAUUGACUUUAGCAAUGGAUCCAACCUGUUGGGAAGAUGUUCUAGAACAAAACAGGAUGACUGGCAUCUGCCAAGCAAAAGACUGUAAUGGAACAGUUGCAGAGUUUUAUUUCAAAUGUGGAAAGCAUCCAACCUCUGAGAGUGACACUUCAGUGGUUUUGAACUUAAUUACUCCCAACAGGCAAAAUGUCCCCUGUAUAACCUGUACUGACACUGUAGAUCCAGUGUUGGUAUUUCCUUGUGAGGAGCAGCAUGUCAUAUGCUUGGAUUGCUUCUACCUAUACUGUGUGACACGGCUGAAUGACCGGCGAUUUAUCCAUGACCCACAACUUGGAUAUUCUCUCUCCUGUGUUACUGCAGGGCAGGCCUCCAUUCUCCAGGCUGUCGCCAUCAGCCUUCAGCUUCUGGACUUCUCAUCGAUCUUCAGACUUCGAUGUUCCGCAUUGACUGUCAGACCAGCCGAUGAUGGGACCCCAAACUCCGGUCCUCAGGCCUCCCUGUGCCUCCUGUUCAUGUGGACAUCUGAUCUCUGGAAACACCGACUACUGAUGGCUGUCAAAAUUCACUCAUUAAGGAGGUGCAUCACUUCAGAAUACUUGGAAUUGACCAGUACAACCGGUAUCAGCAUUAUGGAGCAGAAGAAUAUGUGCUGCAGAUGGGGGGAGUACUGUGCCCAAAACCAGGCUGUGGAGCUGGCCUGCUACCCGAUGGAGACCUGCGCAGAAUCGAAUGCCUGCCGCAGAGUGGACUUGGCUGUGGGUUUGUUUUCUGCCGGGAAUGCAAGGAAGAGUACCACGAGGGGGAGUGCAGUGGACUCCACGCUACUGCAGCUGCCACAAGUCUACAGGAUUAUGUCGUCAAUGAGCAAGCUGCCCAGCGAGCUCGCUGGGAAGACGCUUCAAGGCAAACCAUCAAGGAAACAACUAAACCUUGUCCCAAAUGUCAAGUACCAGUGGAGAAGAAUGGAGGCUGUAUGCACAUGAGCUGUCCCAGGGCCCCAUGCCAGUUUCAGUGGUGCUGGCUGUGUGGCCGGGAAUGGAAUCGCGACUGCAUGGGAGACCACUGGUUCGAGUAAGCAGCACGGCAACCAGAGAAACUUCAGAGGCGAGAGACAGGUGGAAGAUGUGGAUUCAACCAAGCCCUGUUGCCUGUUGAUAUUCAACGCCAUUUUUAUUAUUUAGGUAGAAAUAUUCCAGAGGUUCAAAAUGGUACAAGUCUUGUUUAUGCUCCAUAUCCUCCAGCUACCCCACUUCCCUCCAUCACUCUAAUUAAUUCUAAUAAAGCCCCUCUUAAUGUCAUACAAGCUUAUUUGAUCUUUCCUAACACUGCACCUCUCAGAUCUCCUGAGAUUGUCCUGCUUGCCCAUGUAAAGAGAACCUUCUUCCAGAGGGCAGAAUAAGAACAUCCCUCCACGCAAAUAAAGUUGACUAAGUGCACAAAGCAGUCAUCACAUUUUGACAGUCACAGCAAGGGCUUCAUGGGGUAGUGUUUCUUUAAACCAGACGUAUUCCAUACUCUGUACUUAAGUAAUAGUUAAAUGUACCCUAGCAUACUUUGAGGAUUAGCAGGUUGCCUUUUGGCUGGAAUUUAUUGUAUCAAGCAAACUUCAGCAUUUUCCAAUUUGCCUCGCAUGUCCACAGAGAUCUGCACAUUUAAACAAGACACUUGGACUCCUCUGAUUUAUAAACUGCAACUGCAUUUAUAGAAUUAUGUGCUGAUGUUGACUAUUUCCUCACACUCAGGCGCCAGUCAUCUCCAUUAGUGGCCUAAUUUUGAGUCGUCUUUGAACAGAAACUGUUUCAAUGUACUAAAUAGAACUACAGAGCCAAAACUAAUAAGGGUGUGGGCACAAAUUAAUCAUUGAUCUUUCUAGAUCAUAGAAUUAAUGUGGGCCAUUGGGUUUGUUACUGUCUUCUGAUCUUGUUUGGCCUUUUAGUUUCCAAUUCCAUGAUAAAAGUUUUCUGCCUCACAGCUGUUGUCACUUGCAGCAAGUUUUGGGAGAAUUUUCCUCAUGCUGCUUUUGAAAUUUAGUGAGUUGUCCCACUUCUAAAUCAGGUUGGUCUGUUCUGAGUAGUUAUAUAUCCAAAGAGUGCUGUCAGUCAGCAGUUGAAGUGGAUUUGCUGUUGUCUAUGGGGCUGACAAUAGCAAGUCUGUGAAUUAAACCUGGGCCAUGGAAUAGCUUUAUCCAGACCUUGCAGAUGUUUCCAACGACGUUUGUAAAAACGGUAUGGCCACAGGGUGAAAGGAAGCCUCUUGGCCCAUUGAGCCCAUACCAAGAACAAUCCAGCUGCUCUCACUCCCCAAAACACUACAAAUUCUUUCCUUUCAGUUUUGCAGCAAGCACCUUCAGUCUCAUGCCUCAGGCUUGUUUGCUGCAGCAGUCCAGGAGGGGAGAUGCCAGAGGUUGUGGUACACCAAAGUGAUGCACAGCUGCACCAUGGGAGUUUGACUGGGCACACACAGUAAGACAGCCACAGUUAACUAUAAGGUUGGAUGCUUCACUGUCAGGGCUCUCUCUUAUCCUUACCCAUCCUUUCUUUUACUCUAUUGCACUUUCAAUACCUCCUUUGACAAUGAAUAAGCACUUUCUCUGGGAAACUCCUGCAUCUCUACUCACCAUCUCUCCAUAGUGAUGGGGUAGACAGGUGAGAUGCCAGCAGUGGGGAGAGGGACAGUAAAGGUGAAGCCACUGUGGAUUGGAUGUACUUGGACCUGAGCAGUUUAUAAAGUACUUGCAACACAUGCAAAAUGUUUUUACAUGGUGUCAUGGGCCUCUUAAAAUUGACAUUUUGUUGAACCAGGUUGUUGAUUAAUUAGGGAAAUAAAUGCU